GCCUGUGGGGGUGGGCGGGGCGGAGCCGGCUCGCCGUGGGUCCCGGGGUCCUCCUCGCACGCCGCGGGGCCUGGAGCGCUUGGCGGGGUGGCUUCGGGCCCGGCAGUAGCGGCGAAGCCUGGCGCCGAACGGAGCGGGGGGCGGCCUUUGGAGGGCUCCGGGACGCGUCUGUGGGCGCCCCCACCCCCCCAGAACGCUGGGGUCGUUCCCAGAACCCGGAUCUGCCGUCCGCCCUAGUGCCGGCCUGGGUCGUGCCUGGGGGUGCCGCAGAUCGCUCUUAGGGGCUGACCCGAAGCUGGGUGGGGGGGCAUCUGUGGAGAGGGUUUUGGGGCCAUUUUGGGAUCUUUGAGCCGUAUCCCAGGGAUGAAGCAGGUCUGCAAGGGCUGAGGAGUGUCACGGCCACCUCGAGCGCCCAGGCAGGUGACCAUGGAGGAAGAAGAUGAGUCUCGAGGGAAGACGGAAGAGUCGGGCGAGGAUCGGAGCGAGGGGCUGCCUGACAGAGACCCUACGCUCUCUCCUUCUGCCUUUAUCCUGCGGGCAGUGCAGCAGGCCGUGGGAAGCUCCUUGCAGGGGGAUCUGGCCAACGAUAAAGAUGGCUCCCGGUGCCAUGGCCUUCGAUGGCGGCGCUGCCGGAGCCCACGGUCCGAGCCCCACCCCCAGGAAUCGGGAGGCACUGACACUGCAACUGUGUUGGACAUGGCGGCAGACAGCUUCCUCAUGGGGCUCGUGAGCAUCCUGGAUCCCCCAGACACCUGGGUCCCCAGCCGCUUGGACCUGCGACCUGGAGAGAGCGAGGACAUGCUGGAGCUGGUGGCUGAGGUUCGGAUCGGAGACAGAGGUCCCAUGCCCCUGCCCGUGCCCAGCCUACUGCCUCGUCUCAGGGCCUGGAGGAUGGGCAAGACGGUUUCUCCACAGUCUCACGCAUCUCGACCCAGCUGCGGCCGCCACCUCCUCACCUUCGGCACAGGAGAUGGGGGCCCCGCCCCGCCCCCCGCCCCCUCCUCUGCAUCCUCCUCCCCUUCCCCAUCUCCUUCCUCUUCCUCCCCAUCUCCCCCUCCACAACCCCCACCCCCUGGGCCCCCAGCGCCCCCUGCCCCGCGGUUCGACAUCUACGACCCCUUCCAUCCCACCGAUGAGGCCUACUCCCCUCCGCCUGCGCCAGAGCAGAAGUAUGACCCCUUUGAGCCUACCGGCUCCAACCCCAGCUCCUCGGCGGGGACCCCCUCCCCUGAGGAGGAAGAGGAGGAGGAGGAAGAGGAGGAAGGCCUCUCGCAGAGCAUCAGCCGCAUCUCGGAGACCUUGGCGGGCAUCUAUGACGACAACAGCCUCAGCCAGGACUUCCCAGGUGACGAGAGCCCCCGGCCCGAGCCCCCGGUCCCAGAGCCGAGCCCCGCACCCGGAUCGCCGCCCCAGGUGGACUCCACGCGGGCUGACGGGGCGCCCCGCCGGCGAGUGUUCGUCGUGGGCACCGAGGCGGAGGCCUGUCGCGAAGGCAAGGUCUCCGUGGAGGUGGUGACGGCUGGCGGGGCCACGCUGCCGCCGCCGCUGCUCCCACCCGCCGACUCGGAGAUCGAGGAGGGAGAGAUCGUGCCCGAGGAGGAGCCCAGGGCGGCCCUCGGCCUGUUCCGGGCCAGCGGCCGGGCCGCCCGGCCUCCUGCGGCCAGCUCAGCCGCCGCCCUGCCGCUGCCGCAGCCACCCGCCCGGGCCCCCGAGGGGGACGACUUCUUGUCGCUGCACGCCGAGUCGGACGGUGAAGGGGCGCUGCAGGUGGACUUGGGGGAGCCGGCCCCCGCCCCGCCGGCCGCAGACUCCCGCUGGGGCGGCCUGGACCUGCGCCGCAAGAUCCUGACGCAGCGCCGAGAGCGCUACCGCCAGCGCUCGCCGUCCCCGGCCGCCGCCCCGGCCCCCGCCGCCUCCACGGGGCCGCCCACGCGCAAGAAGUCCAGGCGCGAGCGGAAGCGGAGCGGGCUGGAGAGCAAGGAGGCCUCCUCCUCGUCCGGGGCGCAGGCGGCCCCGGCGGCCCCGGCGUCUCCCUGGGACUCCAGGAAGCACCGCUCCCGGGAGCACAAGCCCGGCUCGCACGCCGCCUCGUCCGCGCGCCGCCGCUCGCGCUCGCGCUCCGCACGCCGCCGCUCCCGCAGCACCGAGCGCCGGCGCGGGGGCAGCCGCAGGUCCCGCUCCCGGGAGAAGCGGCGGCGGCGGCGGCGCUCGGCCUCCCCGCCCCCUGCCACCUCGUCCUCGUCGUCGUCGCGGCGCGAGCGGCACCGCGGCAAGCACCGGGACGGCGGCAGCAAGAAGAAGAAGAAGCGCUCGCGGUCCCGCAGCGAGAAGCGGCCCGGGGACGGCGGCGACAAGGGCUCGGCGCCCGCACCGUCGGCCAGCUGCGCCUCGGCGGGCGGCGAGCGCGACAGCCGGCGGCGCGGGGCCGUGCCACCCUCCAUCCAGGACCUCACGGACCAUGACCUCUUCGCCAUCAAGCGGACCAUCACGGUGGGCCGGCUGGACAAGGCCGAGCCGCGAGGGCCGUCGCCGGCCCCGACCUCGUCCCCCAAGCGCGAGGUGCUGUACGACUCCGAGGGCCUGAGCGGCGACGAGCGCGUCGCCAAGGGCAGCGAGAAGGAGCGGCGGCGCUCCGGGGCCGCGGCCGCCUCCCGGGAGAAGGGCGCUCGCCGCAAGGCUCUGGAUGGGGCGGACCGGGACAGAGACAGAGAUCGGUCCUCCAAGAAAACCAGGCUCCCCAAGGAGGCAGCCCCUUCGUCGGGGGCCCCGGCCAAGCCCCCAGCCAGCAGCGGCUCCGGCUCCUCGUCGUCCUCGUCGUCCAGCUCCUCGCGCAAGGUGAAGCUGCAGUCCAAGGUGGCCGUGCUGAUCCGCGAGGGCGUCAGCAGCACCACCUCGGCCAAGGACGCCGCCCCCGCCGGCCUGGGCUCCAUCGGUGUCAAGUUCAGCCGCGACCGUGAGAGCCGCUCGCCCUUCCUCAAGCCCGAUGAGCGCGCCCCGGCAGAGGUGGCCAAGGUGGCUCCGGGCAGCACCAAGCCCAAGAAGACCAAGGUCAAGGCCAAGGCUGGGGCCAAGAAAGCCAAGGGGACCAAGGGCAAGACCAAGCCGUCCAAGACGAGGAAGAAGGUCCGCAGCGGGGGCAGUGCUGGCCCUGGGUCCCUCAAGAAGUCCAAGGCGGACAGCUGCAGCCAGGCAGCAGCGGCCAAGGGUGCUGAGGAGACCUCGUGGUCUGGGGAGGAGCGGGCAUCCAAGGUGCCCAGCACCCCUCCCCCAAAGGCGGCCCCACCACCCCCUGCACUCACGCCAGACUCACAGACUGUGGACAGCAGUUGCAAGACCCCUGAGGUGUCCUUCCUGCCAGAGGAGGCCACGGAGGAGACUGGAGUGCGGGGUGGGGCCGAGGAGGAGGAGGAGGAAGAAGAGGAAGAGGAGGAGGAAGAAGAGGAGGAGGAGCAGCAGCCUGCAACCACCACAGCCACCAGCACGGCCGCAGCCACCCCAAGUGCUGCCCCCAGCGCGGGGUCCACAGCGGGCGACUCGGGGGCCGAGCACGGGGCGGCCAGCCGAGCCUCUCAGCUGCCCACGCUGACCCCACCCAUGCCCUGGAACCUGCCGGCUGGGGUGGACUGUACCAGUGGCGUCCUGGCCUUGACUGCCCUGCUCUUCAAAAUGGAAGAAGCAAACCUGGCGAGCCGAGCCAAGGCCCAGGAGCUGAUCCAGGCCACCAACCAGAUUCUCAGCCACCGGAAGCCACCCUCAAGUCUGGGGGUAACCCCAGCACCUGUGCCCACCUCCCUGGGCCUCCCUCCUGGCCCCUCCAGCUACCUGCUUCCUGGCAGCCUCCCCCUCGGUGGCUGCGGGUCCACCCCUCCCACCCCUACGGGGCUGGCUGCCACCUGUGACAAGAGAGAAGGCAGCAGUAGCUCUGAGGGACGUGGGGACACAGACAAGUAUCUGAAGAAGCUGCACACGCAGGAGCGGGCAGUGGAGGAGGUGAAGCUGGCCAUCAAGCCGUAUUACCAGAAGAAGGACAUCACCAAGGAGGAGUACAAGGACAUCCUGAGGAAGGCCGUGCACAAGAUCUGCCACAGCAAAAGUGGGGAGAUCAACCCGGUGAAGGUGAGCAACCUGGUACGGGCCUACGUCCAGCGCUACCGCUACUUCCGCAAGCAUGGCCGCAAGCCAGGGGACCCCCCAGGGCCCCCCCGGCCACCCAAGGAGCCGGGACCUCCUGACAAGGGCGGGCCUGGCUUGCCCUUACCUCCCCUCUGAGCCCCUGCUCACCCACCCCUGGGCUCUGAAAUUCUGGACGUAUUUAUGGCUCCGUGGCCCCGCUUCCCUCCCCUCAGUGGGAUGAUGGGGAGGGUCGCAGCGGGAGGAGAGCCCCCUGCCUCACCCCACCCAGCCUGGUGCCCAUCUGCCCCCCAAAACCUGUCUCUACUGCCCCACCCUGUUUGUGCCCCUACCCCCAAUUUCAUUAAAGGUUUCAUGAAAUGUA